GGGCAUAUGUUCAAUAGUUUCAGUCUGUUAAGACAGAGCUGUAGACUUGUUCGUGUUGAAUUUUGUUUUCUAUUCAAUUCGUCUUUAAAACGAGACAUACGAGACAGAAGUUACAAUAACCUUCGGGAUAAUGAUCCACAAACGUUUGCGCUCACCGCAGAUUUAGCGGACAAUAAUUUUCAGAGGGGAGGUGACCAGCAACUAUGAAUUAUUCCUCUAUGAACGUCCUUCAGACACUCACUUGCUUGUGAAUCACUUUUUCCAUCCACAUUACUUAGACCGGGCUCCCUUCCAACGGAAGACAAGCAACUCAACCUUUUCCUUGCCGUCAGAACCAGUGGAAUGAGUCGCUUUCCUCUGCAUAGACUCAGUACUGAGGUGCGAUUGACAACGAAACAUUUUUAACGACUGGACUAUGACAGUGUUCGCCAAAAGAGUACCGGUAACUUUACUCGGACUAUUUUGCUCUUGGAUAAUAGCAAAUUUACAGUAGGUGGUCUUGAGAUAUGUUGAAAAAUUAAAACAUCGCUGCCGUCAGGGUUGAUUCUGACGUGCUUGGACAUGGACCUUCAAUUGAUUAUUUGGCUCAUCUACUGCUUCUUUCUACCAGCCGUCUUAUUAACAGCUUGUCUUCUUCGCUACAAUGUACUGUCCCUGGUAUAUUUUGUGUACCUCUUGUUGCUGCCGUGGUUUCUGUGUCCCAACAAACACACCAUCAAAGGACAUACAGGACAUUUCAUCAGAGCAAUAUUUUGGACCAGUCUACUUUUUAUACUUGGUCAUGUUUGCUUCCAGACAGUACUAUACACCUAUCUUCCUCUCAACAUUGCUAUUGCUGAUAACUGUUCGCACGUGGAUAUCAUCACCACCCAUAUCGGGCUCUCCAGGCUUCCACUGAAGGAUCCUUGGACUGUAUUGCGCCUUCUGAGUCCUGACCUGAUGCUCUGUGGGAUUUCUUUGAUAACCAUCAUCCUUUGUAGAAGAUUGGUCACAAACAGAGAAAUACUGGCUGCAACCAAUAUUACAACAAUCCAAGAAGAAGAAGAAGAAGAAACAGAUAAUGAGGGCGAAAUUAAUCAAGAAUCAGAUGAUGAGGAUGAUGAAGCAUCAUUUUCUGGUGACACCAAUCAGGAGUUUUCUACUGCAACCUUAGCCAAGCAACUGGCUGAGCGUCUCAAGGCCAUAGUCUAUAAAGUACUGCUGGACCUUUGGAGAAUCUUUGCAGUGAGCCUACUCGCUUUGGCUGGAAUCACAUUGCCAUCUGCUUUCUCAGCCAUCUACUUCCUACUUUUCAUUGGUGUCUGCACAUGGUGGGCAUGUCACCUUCCAAUUACUCACCUGGGUUUCAACACUCUGUAUGUGAUGGUGGGCUUCUUCACUGCUGGCCACAUUGUUUGUCUGUACCUCUACCAGUGUCUCCUGGCCCAGGUUCUUUUUCCACCCCACAGUCUGUGGGCAAGGCUCUUUGGUCUGAAGGACAUUAUCAAACCUGGAAAUUGCUCAACACCGCAUGACUUCAGCCUUAACACUGAAUAUGACUGGCCAGUGUAUGUUAAUCCAGGAAUACUCUUCCUUCUCUACAUUAACUCGGCAAUGGUUCUGAAGACAGUAUGUCAUGGAACACUUAAACAGGAUGAAGAUAAGCAACGGCAACUCAAAAAUGCAAAUGAGCCAAAAGAGGAGAUGGUAGAGUUGAGCUCAUGGAUUCAAAAGAGGGACGACUGUGAAGAUGACACACAGCUCAUGCUCAUGUGUGUGGGAAGAGAGCGCAGUCAUGAAGAAACUGGGUCGGAAGAAAGUCCAACACAACUUGGUUUUGGUGACGCAACUGGUGGCCGACAGACUGAAAACCCAUUUUUAAUGCUGGGAAAGAAGAUCAUGCAGCAGAGUUAUGUCUGUGCUCUGAUAGCAAUGAUGGUUUGGAGCAUCACAUACCACAGCUGGCUGACAUUUGUGCUACUGCUAUGGGCUUGUCUCAUCUGGAUUCUGCGAGCGAGACGACAUGCAGCCAUGCUGUGUUCCCCAUUUAUCAUGGUCUAUGGUCUGGCACUGUGUUGUCUGCAAUAUGUAUGGGCCAUGGACCUUGAACUGCCUACCACCAUGGGAACCAUGAGUCUCAGACAGCUGGGGCUAGAUAAAGCCCAGUACCCAUGUCUGAGACUGGGAGCUAUGCUCCUGUUCACCUCAACUUUCUGGCUAUUAGUACGUCAGUCAGUGAAGGAAAACUUCAGUAAGAGAAGGACAAGGGCUACACCACUUGAAGAAGUCACUUCAACAGAGAUCCAUUCGACAAAGGAAUCUCUGCUCAAGGUCCUGGGAGGCAUGGUCCUGAGUUUUUAUGCCAAAUAUUGGAUCUACGUGUGUGGUGGGAUGUUCCUCAUGGUGUCUUUUGUGGGAAAACUUGUUGGAUACAAGAUCAUUUACAUGCUGCUUUUCCUGCUCUGCCUCUGUAUAUAUCAGGUAUACUAUUCUAUCUGGAGGCGUCUACUGAAGCUCUUCUGGUGGCUUGUAGUGGCCUAUACAAUGUUGGUGUUGAUCUCCAUCUACACAUACCAGUUUGAAGACUUCCCUGAUUAUUGGAGGAAUUUUACUGGGCUCACAGAACAACAGCUUGCAGCGAUUGGUCUGGAGACAUUUGCCCUCUCAGAGCUCUUCAGAAGUAUUCUCAUCCCUGGAUUUUUCCUGUUGGCCUGUAUUCUGCAGUUACACUAUUUCCACAAGCCCUUCAUGAUAAUCACUGACCCUGAACAUGUUACACCAAUUCACCGGAAAAGCAGCUGUGACCAGACUGGUUCAACUAAUAUCGGAACGACCUCUGACUUGGAAGAAGUGUUAACCAAUAUUGUCGACGAAUCAGAUGAUAAAGUGGAGUUUAUGCCUACUAAAUGGGGUCUGGUGAUUGACAGGUUACUGGUCCUGUUUAAAAAGUCUUCAGACAUUCUCAACAAAGGUCAGGUCUUUCUCUGGACUCUUCUGGAGCUUCACAUCAUUAAGAUGGUGGCAUUCUACUGCGUGUGGGUUGCACUUGAAGAGCCAUCUGUGCUUAACCUGGUUCUGGUGGUGCUGUGGUCUUUGGCAAUGCCAUUCAGUCGCUUCAGACCGAUGGCUUCCAGUCUGUCAACAAUCUGGGUGUGCGUAAUCAUCAUGUGUAAAAUGCUGUACCAGCUGAGUGUCGUCAACCCUACCGAGUACUCCAACAACUGCAGCCUGCCAUUUCUGAAUGAAACCAACCUUUCACAAAGGGAAAUAAUGAAUUCGUCUCUGUAUAAGGCAACAGUGGAUCCAGCCAAAUGGUUUGGCAUCAGAAAGGAAGCAACUGUACUGGACUAUAGCAAGAACCACUUAGUAGUGCUGCUGUUGGUGGUAUUUGAGGCCACGGUGUAUCGUCACCAAGCCCACCACUAUCGUCAGCUGCAGCAAUCUCCCUCGAACAUACCUGCUCUGUUCCCAGACGUCACUAGGAAUACUUUAGAUGAAGGACUCCUACCCUGCUUCAAGUACCUGCUCAACUACACUUUCUACAAGUUUGGAUUGGAGAUCUGCUUCCUGAUGACUGUGAAUGUGAUUGGUCAACGGAUGAACUUCUUGGUGAUAAUCCAUGGUUGUUGGUUGCUGGCCAUCUUGGUACAGCGACGCCGGGCAGCUAUUGCAAGAAUGUGGCCAAAAUAUUGUCUCUUUCUGGCCAUCUUCAUGAUUUAUCAAUACAUAUUGUGUGUGGGUAUACCCCCUGCUCUGUGUAAAGAUUACCCAUGGCGGUGGAACACCCCACUUUUAAUGAACUCUGCUCUCAUAAAAUGGCUUUAUCUGCCAGACUUCUACACUGCGCCUAACGCCAAAAAUCUGAUAGUGGAUUUUGUACUUCUGAUUUGUGCAUCCCAGCAGUGGAAAGUAUUUAAGUGUGAGCAGUGUGAGGAGUGGGUGGUUCUGGCUGGAGACAAUACAGACAAUCCUGAUCCAAUGGAAGGUCGACUGUUUAAUCCUGCACCUAACUUCAUCAACUGCAGGAGUUACCUGGACAUGGCUAAGGUUUUGGUUUUUCGCCACUUAUUCUGGUUUGUACUGUCAGUGGUCUUCAUCACUGGGGCUACACGAGUCUCUGUCUUUGGAUUGGGAUACCUUCUUGCUUGCUUUUUUUUUUUGCUUUUUGGGACCCAAGUAUUGGUCAAACCGUCCAGGACACGCCUUGCCAUGUGGGACUGUCUCAUCAUCUAUAAUGUGGCAGUCAUCAUAUCAAAAAGUAUUUUAUCAAUUCUGGCAUGUGUGUUUGUUAUUGAAAUGCAGAAGGGCUUUUGUUGGAUGAUCCAGCUCUUCAGUUUGGUUUGCACAGUCAAGGGAUACUAUGAUCCAAACGUAGUUAGUGAUAAGAACUGCAGCCUCCCGAUAGAGGAAGCUGGGAUCAUCUGGGACAGUAUUUGUUUUUUCUUCCUAUUGCUGCAAAGACGGGUUUUCCUCAGUUUCUAUUUCAUCCACGUUGUAGCAGAGUUGCAGGCAUUUUGCAAACAGGCCUCAAGGGGGUUUGACCUCUUCAAAGCCACUAUAAUGAAAAACAUUAAAUCACACCAACGGGCUGAGAUAAAGUCCUUAUCACAACUCAAGAGAUCAAUGCACAGAAUUCGCUCCAAACAGCAGAAGUACAGAGAUGGACAUAAAGUCACUGAAGAAGACAAUCAGAGUCAAAGUGCAGAAACAAAGACAGAGCGAAACAAAGAAGGCUGGUCUCAACCGUGGCUUGACCAUGCGACAGUGCUGCAUUCAGGAUGGUACUACCUUUUUGAAUCAGACAGUGAAGGUGAAGAUGAGCUGUUACCAGAGGAACAGAAGCCUCAGAAAAAGACUGCCUAUCAGUUGGCUUAUCAGGCGUGGGUGAACAAUGUGAAAAGAGCUCUAAAAGAUCAUCAAAGAAACCGAAGAUCACAGAGAAGACUUGAAAUAGUUGAGGACGAGUGUGCCACACAACAGACUUCACAAGAGUUCUGCUCAGUGCCAGGUUCAGAGGACAAUGAUGUGUUUGAAGAUCCUCACUUGAAGGAGCCAGAGGAGUCUGGUCAUGGAGAGAUUGUUCAGAGGAUCUUAGAUAUCAUACGUUUCUUGUGGGCCAUAUUACUAGCGAUAAUGGAUGGAUUGACCCAGUGGCUCAACCUGCUGACUAAACAGUAUAGAGAAACAUCAGCUGUUCUGUGCAAUGAACGUUACUUCUUCAUACACAAGAUACAACAACCUUCUCACACUCCAGCAGGCUCAAUGGCUGAUCAGUCUCAACGCAGUUAUGGCCUCACAAUGGAUACCAAUGCGAGACAAACUGAGACAGAGUGCUCAAAUCAAUACAGCCUCUUGGAGGAGACCCGAAUUAUGGAAGACUUGUCUCCUCCUAGACCACAACUUAACAGCACAGCAAAACUCUUGAGUCCUGAAGUCCCGCUUGACAGCAACGACUUGAUACCUGAUUCCCAAUUUAUACAACACAGACACUCCAGAACAGCAAGUGAAGUACUUGGAGACAGGCACUUCUUCAUUGAAGAGCUGGAAGAGAGCAUAACGUUCUACAACAACCAAAACCGCAUGCUGAAGCUCUUGUUUGCCACGCACAAUCUGCUGGCAGCCAACUCAGACCUAGUUUGUUAUUUUAUCAUUAUUUUGAAUAAUGUGGUCAGUGCCUCUGUGAUAUCACUUGUACUGCCGAUUACGGUCUUUCUAUGGGCUAUGUUGACUGUUCCAAGACCGACGAAAAUUUUUUGGAUGACUGCCAUUAUCUACACAGAGGUGAUGGUCGUGGUAAAAUACCUUUUUCAGUUUGGAUUUUUUCCCUGGAACAGUGUUUAUGAGAUAACUUUAAAUGAAGACAAGCCUUUUUUUCCACCUCGCAUCCUGGGUGUGGAGACGACUGACACCUAUAUAAGAUAUGACCUCCUUCAACUCCUGGCUCUGUUCUUUCAUAGAUCUUUGCUCAUGCGUUAUGGCUUGUGGGACCAAAAAGACCCCUUAGUGGAACAAAGUAACUCAACGGGUGAUGAUAAGGAGGAAAAAGGCAAAAACAAGGACGCCCGAUUGAACUCUGUGUCUACCACCGAAAAUCUAAAUAUCACAGACCUGGAAAAACAACAAAAGCUCUUUCCAGCUGACUCAGCAGCAUCCCUGGACAGACAAAGUGUUUCAGGACUGAUUCAUUCCAAAAGGCUGAAAAAGGAUGAUGGUUGUGGAAGCAGAGAAGAGGUCUUUGAGGAAAUCACACAGAAAAGCAGUGGCCUCCACUUACGCAAGAAACCCAAAGAACUUAAAAAACAGACCUGUCAAGUGAAGCCCACCACUGAGAACAUGGAACCCAGCAAAGACCUUACGACAAGGAAGAGGAAAGUCAGAAGGAAAGAGCGAGCCAGCAAUAGUAUACAGGCUGUCAUACGCAAGCUAAAACAAGCAUUUAUCUGCAGAAUCCGGGGACUUUUAAAGCCCAUUCAGGGUUUCUUCUUUGAUACUCUCCAAGCUGAUGAUCGUGUUGCCACUGAUGUCUACGCACUCAUGUUCCUGACUGAUGUUAUUGACUUCAUCAUCAUUGUCUUUGGAUUUUGGGCUUUCGGGAAACACAGUGCAGCAGCUGAUAUUGCCUCUACCUUGUCAGAGGACCAAGUUCCCGAAGCAUUCCUAGUGAUGCUUCUCAUACAGUUCACCACCAUGAUCAUCGACAGAGCUUUGUACCUGCGUAAGGCUGUCUUGGGGAAACUAAUUUUCCAGGUUGUUCUUGUCUUUGGGAUACAUCUGUGGAUGUUCUUUAUCCUACCUGCUGUCACUGAAAGGAGAUUCAAUCAGAACUUUGUGGCCCAACUGUGGUACUUUGUCAAGUGUAUCUACUUUGGCCUGUCAGCGUACCAGAUCCGUUGCGGGUACCCUACUCGUAUUCUUGGCAACUUCCUCACCAAAAACUACACCCACCUCAACUUAUUUCUCUUCCAAGGUUUUCGACUCGUUCCUUUCCUUGUAGAGCUACGAGCAGUAAUGGACUGGGUUUGGACGGAUACCACUCUGUCUCUGUCCAAUUGGAUGUGUGUUGAGGACAUUUAUGCAAACAUUUUCAUCAUCAAAUGCAGCCGUGAGACAGAGAAGAAAUAUCCCCAGCCUAAAGGACAAAAGAAAAAGAAGAUGGUGAAAUAUGGAAUGGGUGGACUCAUCAUCAUCUUCUUAGUGUGCAUAAUAUGGUUUCCCCUGCUCUUCAUUUCAUUGGUCAGAUCUGUAGUGGGUGUUGUCAACCACCCCAUCGAUGUCACUGUUACCGUCAAGCUAGGAGGAUAUGAGCCACUCUUUACCAUGAGUGUCCAGCAGCAGUCGAUCCAACCUUUUACAGAGGCAGAAUAUGAAAAACUCAGCAAAAAGUUUGGGAACAAUGCGGUGGCCAUGCAGUUCAUUUCACUUUAUGGUUAUGAGGAUGUUGUUACAGCCAUGAUUGAAGGCAGUUCAGGCUCAGUAUGGAGAAUCAGUCCACCCAGCAGACAGGAAGUCAUAAAAGAACUGCUAGGAAGUCCUUCUGAUCUAACAUUGCGUCUGUCCUGGAAUUUCCAAAGGGACCUGGGAAAAGGAGGGACUGUGGAGCACACGUUUGACAAACAUUCAGUUGACCUGGAACCUGGGAACCCUGUGAGAGCCAACCUAGCAUCUCUUCUGCUGGGCAAUCGCACUAAGCCAGUGCAUGUUCCAAAUAUGUUUCCAAAUUAUAUCCGUGCCCCAAAUGGAGCAGAGGCCAAACCAGCCACUCAACUAUAUGAAGGGAAUGAAGAAAAGUACCAGAAUAUAACCCUGUCCCUGAUGAGCGACAAUCCACUGAACUCCAGUGGGAAACAGGAAUGGUGGGACAUUGCCAUUGAGGGCUGUGCACCUUCCUCCUGUGGGGUCCUGUCCAUGAUUGUAUUCAAUGACAAAGUCAGUCCACCCAGUCUUGGCUUCCUGGCGGGAUAUGGGAUCAUGGGUUUGUAUGUGUCUGUAGUCCUGGUCAUUGGCAAGUUUGUACGAGGCUUCUUCAGUGAGAUCUCUCACUCCAUCAUGUUUGAAGAGCUUCCUUGUGUGGACCGUAUACUGAAGCUUUGUAUGGACAUAUUCCUGGUGCGUGAGACUGGCGAGCUGGAGCUAGAAGAAGAGCUAUAUUCAAAACUCAUCUUCCUUUAUCGAUCGCCAGAAACAAUGAUUAAAUGGACCAGGGACAUCCGCAGCCGAGACACACAUUGACAAAUGGACUCGUUGUUUUCGACUGAGAUGCAAAGCUGUUUUAUUAUUAGGUUUAAGUUCUUUUGAGAACUUCACUGGCAAAGAUUGAACAAUGGAGACCCAUUUAAAAAGUUCAAUGAAUGUUCAGAAAAGUAUGCAUACUGUAAACAUGUUGUAGAUAACUAAGGCAGUGGUUGUUAUAAAUUGUGUUAAGUUAAAAAUCAUACGUCCUAUUUGCUCACGAACCAUAGUUUUUCUACGGAGUGAUUACAAUAGGUUGCUUUUUGGGUCAUCUGUAAACAUUUAGGAAAUGUGACCUUAACAGCUUUCAUGUUGUAUACUGUUCAGUGUAAACAAUCCUUCUUUGAUGUGAAAUCACUAUUAAAUAACACUGAAAAAAAUAACAUUUGCGGGGAUGA